AUGCCUUCUUUACCAGCGUCGUGGGCUACUGACGAGCCUCAAGCAUCCUUGUGGCUAGAACAAGUCAUAAAUGCUGGUGUCAACAUUGGUUCGAUGGCUUUCGGCGUACAUAUGGCCGUCUAUGCCACAUGCACUUACCACUUGUAUCGAUCGAAGAAAUUUCCUUGGAUGCAGCAGAUCUACAUUACCGUGCUAUUUAUUCUCGCAGCGGUUACUAUCGCGUGCAACAUCAACUUCAAUGAACUAGCAUGGAUCGAUGAGCGAAAUUAUAAAGGCGGUAGGUCUCCGGUCAAGGGGUCAAAGAGCGUUAAUGUUGACGACAGCCCGUCAGGCCCUCUGGCAUUUAUUAACGAGCAAGAAGCCUUACCUGUUGACACGAUCGGGAACUCUGCCGGCCUCGUAAUUACUUUUUUGGUUGAUUCGUUACUGAUAUACCGGUGUUGGGUAGUCUGGAAUAGCAAUUACUAUGUAAUCAUCCUUCCCAUCUUGAUGCUCAUCGCCUCGACAGUAUUGUCAUGUCUCCAGACUAUUGCUGCCUCCCAACCCGCUUCUAGCCUUUGGGCCGCAAACACUGUCAAGUUUGGGCUGCCUUACUUCUCUUUGACCAUGACACUCAACAUGCUUGUCACCACCAUCAUCAUAACCCGUCUUCUUUUAGCGAGGAGGAAGAUUCGUUCAAUCAUGGGUGAUACACAUGGGCGUGAGUACACCAGCGUCGCUGCCAUGCUAGUCGAAUCAGCCCUCCCGACGGCCUUGGUUAGCAUGGUAUUGAUCGCCCUGUACGCCCAAGGCAACACCACGAUGACUUUGUUCUUCCCACUUCUUCCCCAAGUUCAGGCUCUGGCUCCCCAGCUCAUUUUUAUCCGGGUCCUUCGCGGGCGCGCAUGGUCCAAGGAGACAAUGAACCCGAACGUCAGCAAACGGACCCUUCAAUUUACCCAGUCUUCGUCUGGGACGUUUGCUGGUCCUGUGACACGAGCAAGAAAAACGGAGACGUCAAGUUUCGACUCUCACGAGCUUUCCACGAUUAGGAUGGGAGAUAGCUCCUUCAUAGAGAAGUAA